CGAGGCUUUCCUUCCUCCGCCAUCUUGGAUUUUCCACGCUGAAUUGAAGAAAAGAAUUUAAGUCGACUUUAUUUAUAUUUUAUAAAAUAAUGGCGGCGUUAUUCCGGUCUUCUUUGCUUCUACAGCGUACCUCAACUAUUGCUCCAACCAUUUUGAGUAGAAAUAUUGGAAUGAGUGGCGUAGUUUGGGCAAAAAUGGACAAGAAUUCCGACCCUAUUCAACGACUGUUCGUAGAGAAGAUUCAAAGUUAUAAACAGAAGAGCAAGAAUAGUGGAAAACUGUUUGGCGUUACUCCAGAAAUAGAAGCUGAGAUUGAAAAAGAAAUGGGGCAAAUCAAGAGACGAUUUGGAGGAGGAAAUUUAGAGGAAUUCCCAAAGUUUGAUUUUGCUGAGAAAUAAGAACUUUGGAUUAAUUUUGGAUCGAACUUUGGUGGAAAAACUGUGUUUGAUUCACUUGAAGAAAAAUUUGGAGUGCACACAUCUACAGCAAUCAAGAUUUACUUGGAUUUUGGGACUGUAUGUUCUGUUUUGUACAAGUUUCUAAGGUUGUUGAUUUUGUCUUGGAGUAAAGUUAUAUUUGAUUGUA